AUGCUGCAGAUGUCAGAGGAGGUUCUGGAUGAGUUGGACUUGAAGAAGUACAACACAUCAGAUGAGGGACGACAGAGACUGAUUCCAGCUGUGAAGAACUGCAGAAAGGCUCGGCUUGGUGACUGUGGACUCUCAGAGACUCACUGUGAAGUCAUGGCCUCAGCUCUGAAGUCCAACCCCUCCCAUCUGAGAGAGCUGGACCUGAGUGACAACGAACUGCAUGAUUCAGGAGUGAAGCUGCUGUCUGCUGGACUGGACAGUCCAAACUGUAGACUGGAGAUUCUGAGAUUGAGGGGCUGCAGAUUGUCAGAGAUCAGCUGUGCUUCUCUGGCCUCAGCUCUGAAAUCCAACCCCUCCCAUCUGAGAGAGCACGACCUGAGUAACAACAAGCUGCAGGAUUCAGGAGUGAAGCUGCUGUGUGGUUUUCUGGAGAGUCCUCACUGCAGACUGGAGACUCUGAGAUUGAGGGGCUGCAGUUUGUCAGAGAUCAGCUGUGCUUCUCUGGCCUCAGCUCUGAAGUCCAACCCCUCCCAUCUGAGAGAACUGGACCUGAGUAACAACAAGCUGCAGGAUUCAGGAGUGAAGCUGCUGUGUGGUUUUCUGGAGAGUCCACACUGCAGACUGAAGACUCUGAGAUUGAGGGGCUGCAUGUUGUCAAUGCACUGUGCUUCUCUGGCCUCAGCUCUGAAGUCCAACCCCUCCCAUCUGAGAGAGCUGGACCUGAGUGAAAACAAGCUGCAGGAUUCAGGAGUGAAGCUGCUGUGUAGUUUUCUGGAGAAUCCACACUGCAGACUGGAGACUCUGAGAUUGAGGGGCUGCAGGUUGUCAGAGAUCAGCUGUGUUUCUCUGGCCUCAGCUCUGAAGUCCAACCCCUCCCAUCUGAGAGAGCUGGACCUGAGUAACAACAAGCUGCAGGAUUCAGGAGUGAAGCUGCUGUCUGAUCUGAAGGAGAGUCCACACUGCAGACUGGAGACUCUGAGGUCAGUAGAGGGUUGGAGUCAGUCCAUGCUGGUUUCAGCAGUAUUGUACUAAACACAGUUAGUAUCAAAGCAGAGAUCCAGUAUUUCCUGUAAACCUCCAACCUUCUCAGCGGCUGCUUUCCUCAGUGAAGCUGUGAGAGGAGAAUGGUGACAGGCUUCAGGAUUGGACAGAAAGACAGAGAGAGAGAGAACAGGCAGUGAUCGUGUGUUUGAG